AUGGAGUGAGAGACAGUUUCAGAUUAAAAAUUAUAUAUAAAAGUAUAUCGGGCAACAAGAUAUACCAAAAGGACAAAUUAAUUUUACAUUUGGUUUAAUUAUAAUUAUCAUACAAGUUAGAUUCCAUAACAAAGCUGUGAGACUGCAAUUGCAAAAUAAUAUUUCCAUUAAAAUUUGUUAAACUAAACAUUUGCGGACUUCGUACACUUUUCUCUCUUCCUUUGCUUUUUUGUAACUAAAACAGAAUGAAGAAAAAGAUGAUUCCGGAAGAAGCAACAAGAAUUCAAAAUAUAUUGAAGGAGAUGCGUUUCCAGUUUGCGUUUAAAUGUCUGGAUGUUAUAAUGAAGAUCAAUCCAAAGGAAAAUAUUGUCUUUAGUCCGCCUUGCAUAUAUAAAGGACUUUUAAUAAUAUAUUUAAUGGUUAAAGGUGAUAUUGAGAAGCGCCUAAAAAAUAUUCUUCUCCUAACGGAGAUCAGCAAACAAGAUUUGAUGAAUUACGGUGAUCAUAUCAAAUAUUCGAAGAAUGCAUCUCAGGAUUAUCCCGAACAUUACAGUUACGAUGUUAGAUGUCUUAUUCAAUUUGAUUUAGAUUUAUAUUAUGCAUUAUAUCAUUUUAUAUACACAUCAGUCAUAAAAUUUGAUUUGUCCACGUAUCAUGAAUGGGAAACAAAUCACAUUAAUGAUAAAGUAUUAAAGAAUGCGGUACAUAAUUACAUGAGUGAUCCCUCGAGCUUAGCCGUAAUUAGACCAGAUACCGAAUUUACAUUGAUGACAGUCAUCCGUGGCAGAUUUCAAAAAUUUCGAUAUUUACCGGCUGCUGAAGCUGAUACACGAACUGUAGCAAGUCGCAUUGACGCACGAAGAAUUAGCUACUUCCAUAAGAAUUUGGGAAUACACGUGAACGAACACUAUUAUCAGAGCCGUGAGAUAUCACUGUUCGUGUUCAGACCUGCUUCAUUAAUCUCAGGCAAAUGUAGGAUCAGCAAGUAUAAGGAUUCCAGAACUAACAUUUGCGUUUUGAUCAAGAAAUUCUUAACCAAGGAAUUCAGCGAAUUGCACAAAGUGCUAGAUAGAAGUGAACCAUUAUCAGAAGAGGUCGAAACACCUUUCACAUUGUUGCCGUCCUUCGAAGUGGAGAAAAAUCUGACAAUCCGUGAGUUGCUGCUAGCAUUAGGCGCUAAACAAUUGUUGGAGUCGGACGCGAUCGAUUUGGAUCCUUCCACCGUUGAGGGAGAUCAACUCAGUGUGCGCAUCGGCAAUGUCAUGCACCGUUCUCAAGUCAAGGUCACGCAGAAGGACAUCUCGGCGAGUGCGGCAACCUUGAUUCACCACGGACCGGGAUCUUCUCCGAGCACCGAAAUAGAAAACGAAAAUUGUAAUCAUCCCUUCGUUUGGCUGAUUUAUGACAAAGAGCGUCGAGAAAUUCUCUUUAUUGGCGCUUUUAAUAAGUUUGCGAGUACAUAUUAGAUAUCGGAUACAAAUUUCAUUCGGAGGAUACACGAAUAGAAUAUACAAUUUGAAACGAUUUUAUUUAACAGAUCUACGUAGUUACGCAUUGCAAAAUGAUAGGAAAUUGUUGAAGCGCUUUUUACCACUUAUGCGAUUUAACCUCUUGGUGAUUUAAUUGACAUGUAUUUUAUUUUGUGCGCUAAAUACAACUAAAACAACUUUUGUUCAAAGUUUAGGAGGCUAACGAAGUAAUCGUAUCGUCAUUUUAAUUUAUUGUAAACUUGUCUUAAUUUUGUAAAUUUCAAAAACUAAUAAAAAUUUUAUGUGCGUUGUGCGUCUGUAUUUGUUUUGCAAACUUUAAGAACUAAACUAAACAAAUGAAAACUCGUAUUCUCUACAGUUGUAAAAAAGUAUUUAGAGUGCUAUCAGAGAGGAUUAAAUUAUUGUAUAAUUUGAA